AUGUCAAGAAAUAAACUGGAACAUUCGGCAAAUUUUGUGUUUUAUAGUCUUUCAUGCAUCCUACAGAUUUUCUCUUUCUCUAUUUUCUCUACCGUAAUUAGGCCAAAAGAUGUAGUCCAAGACAUCUUCCCUUUCAUGGAGUCUCUGAGAGUUUCAACGAAUGUCGACGUUCAGCACCCUGAAGGUACAGAGGAUGCCUUGGACCAAAGAAAAAUAUUCGAUGCAGCCGUUGGAAAUAUCGUCAACAUCAUCGUAUCAUAUGAUAUGGGUUGGAGCAAACGAGGCAACGGACGGAGCUAUAAUAGCUUAAAUGGUUAUGGUACCAUAAUCGGAUUCCUAAGUGGGAAAGUUUUAGAUUUUGCAGCGCGUAAUAGGAAAUGCAAACGUUGCAGCACUGGUCAUGAUAAAUCCGACCAUGAUUGCCGACAAAACUUUUCUGGUAGUGCUAAGGCGAUGGAGCCUGAUGUAGGAGCAACUCUAGUCAAUGACAGUACGAUUCUCAAAGAAAUUGGAUUAAACGUCAAAGUGCUCAUCGGUGACGAGGAUAGUUCAACAAUCGCUGCAGUACGACAAGGCAAUCCUGAGUCGGUUCACAAAUUGACAGAUGCAAAUCAUCUGAGAAAAAACUUUAUGAGCGCAUUAUACGAUUUGAGGAAAAAUUUCAAAGAAAUGAGGGAUAAGAAAGUUAUUCCCCAUUUGAAGAAAUGUUUCUCUUACGCUUUGGCUCAAAAUAAAGGGGACAGCGCCAACCUAGCCAAAAGUCUUCGCAAUAUUCCGGAGCAUUUCUUCGGUCGCCAUGAAAACUGUGGAACGUGGUGCAAACAGCCGCACAAAAUAGUGCUACAAAACGUACAACUGCACGCAAAAUUGUCGGAAAUAUUCGAGAAAUAUGCGGGCAACGCUGCUAAAUUUUCGAUUGUCGCAUCCAGUCAGCCUAACGAAAGUUUUAACAACAUGAUGGCUCACAAAACACCGAAAAACGGUUGUUAUAGUCAAAGCGAAGCAGCGGAUUAUAGAUUAGCCAGCACCGUGUGCACGAAAAACGAAGGAGAAAUGUUUGUUUUGAACGUCAAUUCAAAAUAUUUGAAUCUUUCUCCUGGAAAAUAUACCGAAUCUUUUACUAAGAAGUUGGACCAAAAGAGAAAAAAGAGAGCGAUAAAGGCGAAAUUGCCUUCAAGUAAAGCACGUCGAAAUUUACUCACUCAAACGAAAGAAACUUGUAGAAAAUCAAUGAAGAAGUCUGAAGGAACACAAUACGAGAGAAAUUGUGGUAUGGAUAUCGACGUGCAAAAUUCUACAAGUAUUAAUGUACCACUGAGAAAUACUGCUGAAGAUUUACCCGAUGUUUUUUUAUCUUCGGACGACUGCAACAUCAUUUAUUUCGAUCUCGAAACGUCUGGAUUGUCGAAAACAUCAGAAAUCUUACAAAUUGCAGCAAAAUUUGAAGAUCGAAAAUUCAGUGUAUACGUCAAUCCAUCGAAAGCUAUCGAUUCUACUGCGUCCAGAAUUACAGGAUUAAAGUUCGUUAAAGGAAAUCUGUAUUUCAACGGCAAAAAAGUCCCGUCGAUGUCACCACGGGACGCCCUAGAAUCAUUUCAAGAAUUUAUCGACUUCUCGUCUAAACCUUGCAUUCUUGUAGCUCAUAAUGUUUCGUUUGAUUCUGCUCACUUGCUUCGGUAUAUCAUUCAAAAUGGAAUGAUUCUAAAUUUCCAAAAGAUCGCAGGAUUUUCAGACAGCUUGGCGAUUUUGCGAAAAGUUUUACCCGAAAGAAAAAAAGAAAAUGGAAUGUUUAAACUGGAGACGCUGGCACGUGAUUUUUUAAAAUUGACAAUGACUGACGAAUUUCACGAAGCAUUAUUUGAUGUUGAUAUAUUAGAGAAAUUGUGCCAUCUGCUUGUCGAGAAAGAAGAUUUUUGUUUGCACUGUAAACCAUAUAAAAACUCGGUGUUAAUGAAAAUUUGUACACCGUCUUUGAAAAAUUUGAAAGGCGUAGUUUCGGACGCAAUUAUCAAAAGAAUAGCAAGCGCUGGGUUCGAUUUCGAAAUUCUGACAACAGUUUACGCGACAGGAGGAGAAGCUGCAAUUAGGGAAUUAUUGACCAAAGAAACGACGGAAAAAAAACCACGCGUUACCAAAAUGAAGAAAAUUAUCGACAAUAUAAUAUCGCACCUGCAAAGUAAUAGGCCCGAACAGAGCGAAGUCCGAAACACAAUAGACAGCUUAGGAAAAGGCGAGCGAGCAAAAGGAAGAUUAGUGCGUGUAAGAUCGCGAAUGUGA